GUUUAUAUUGUAGAUAGCAGUCAUUUCCGUUACCUUGCAGCAUUAAAACUAUAUUUCGUAUAGGAGAUAUUGAUGUCAUGUAAUUUAAUCUUUUUGGAUAUGCAACAAAACGUUACUAUCAGUUGAAUUUAGUUUUAUUUAAAAGUGUUAUACUUCCAUUUAUCUUAUUACAUGUGUUAAAUAUAGGGUUGAACUGCAAUGUUUUCUUUCCAACCUCACAAUCAGGUGUUAUAUCAUCUGACGCAAUUAACUUCAGUAGUUAGUCCAAAAUCUACAUCAUUUUCAGUUAAAGUUAAAAGACAAAAUGAAUUGAAAAAAUCUAUGAAUGAUAUCUCUUCUGGUAAUUUGUCAGACGCUACUAAAAAUUAUAUUGAUACAUUAAUAGGCAAAUUAAACAUGUCUGAUGUAAUUACAAUGUUUGAUAUAAGGACAAAUAACGUUAUGGUAGCAUUAGAUCAAGUUUCUAUGAAAAUUUUUAAGAGAAAUUUAGAAAAAAAUAAUAAGUGGAAAGUCUAUGCAUCAGGAUUAAAUUCCACAAAAAACAAACACAAAUAUCUAUAUAAAAGAUGUAUGGAAGAAAUUAUUUUACCUGCUAUGUAUUUACCAUCGAAACAAUAUCAUACAACAUUAUGUACCUUUUGUAACAAAAAUUCAUUUAAUCACUAUGUACAAAUUCGUAGUUUUAGAACAAAACGUAAUGUCUCUACUGAAUUAGAAAAACAAUCAUCAUUUAUAAAUAAAUUUAAAAACUUGGUUGGUCAUUUCUCUGGAACAAAUACAGGAUUAGUACAUGCUCUAAAAGAAAAGGACUUGGCAACAAUAAAAAAUUUAUUUAAUAGUCAAACAUCGACAGAAGAAUAUAAAAGAAUUAUAUUAGCUUUUAUUGAAGGAUAUGAAGCAGGACUUAGACGCCAAACAUAUUCAACUUUUGGAUGGUUCAAAAUACUAUGUAGUUUAUUAACAGGAACUGUAUUAUUAAUCUUUUGGUAUGGAGUUUAUGUUGUAGGAAGUGGAUUACGAUUUCCAAUGGAUGGUGUUAAGUUUAGACCAGAAAUAACAGACAUAACUUUUAAUGACGUUAAAGGAGUUGCAGAAGCUAAACAAGAAUUAAGAGAUAUAGUUGAAUUUUUAAAAAAUCCAGAAAAAUUUGUUGCACUCGGUGCAAAAUUACCUAAAGGUGUAUUACUAGUAGGACCACCAGGAACAGGAAAAACAUUAUUAGCUAGAGCAGUAGCUGGCGAAGCUGGUGUCCCAUUUUUUCAAGCUGCUGGACCUGAAUUUGAAGAGAUUUUAGUAGGACAAGGUGCACGAAGAAUGAGAGAUUUAUUUAAAGCAGCAAAAGAAAAAGCACCUGCCGUAAUAUUUAUAGAUGAAAUUGAUUCUGUUGGUGCAAAACGAACAAAUUCAGCUCUUCAUCCAUAUGCGAAUCAAACAGUAAAUCAGUUACUUACGGAAAUGGAUGGAUUUCUUCAGAACGAAGGUGUUAUAGUAUUAGGUGCGACGAAUAGACGGGAUGAUUUAGAUAAAGCAUUAAUGCGACCCGGUCGUUUUGAUGUUGAAGUUCUUGUUGAUAUACCAGAUUACUUAAGCCGGAAGGAAAUUUUUGAUUUAUAUUUAUCAAGAAUAUUAACACAAGAGGUUGAUGCAGACUAUUUAGCAAAGUGUACUCCUGGAUUUACUGGAGCUGAUAUAGAGAAUAUGGUAAAUCAAGCAGCUUUAAGAGCUGCUAUAAAUGAUGCUGAAUAUGUAACAAUGAAACAUUUAGAAUAUGCUAGAGAUAAAAUAAUCAUGGGUCCAGAAAGAAAACAAAAAAUUAAAGAUACAGAAACUAAUACCAUUACAGCAUAUCAUGAAGCAGGACAUGCAUUAGUUGCAUAUUAUACUAAAGAUGCACCACCUAUACAUAAAAUUACCAUCUUGUCUCAUAGCCAUUCUUUGGGACAUACCGCGUUUUUAUUUAACGACGAAUAUCAUACAACGAAAUCCAAAUUAUUAGCUCUAAUGGAUAGUUCAAUGGGUGGUCGUGCUGCAGAAGAAUUAAUUUUUGGUUCUGAUAAAGUAACAGCAGGAGCAUAUAACGAUUUUCAGAGGGCGACUUCCAUCGCAGAAGAGAUGGUACACAAGUAUGGUAUGUCUGAAAAAGUUGGUUUUGGUACAAUUCGUAGAAAUGGUCAAGGGGAUGGAUUUCAAUUAGGUCCUAGCACAAGUGAUCUUGCUGAUAAGGAAGUGAAGCGCCUUUUACAAGAAUCAUAUGAACGAGCAAAACUGACAUUACAAAAACAUGCGAAAGAACUUAAAAAAGUAGCAGAUGCUUUACUUAAGUACGAAACAUUAAGCAGUAAAGAUGUAGAAGCUAUUAUUAAUGGAGAAAAAAUUCCACCUGAGACUUUGAAGAAUCAACCACGAAUUGUAGAUCCGACUGAACAUGUAUUAUAAGUAGCAUAUCGAGAUAUUCAGUUUAAGAUGAUAAGUAAAAUAAAUUAUUUGGUGCAGUAUCGCAAUUUACAAUCAUACUUUAUAUUACUUUAUUAUAAGUAAUUAUAUUUUACAAUUUUCAAUUUUACAAAUUUAAUUAAGAUAUAUCAGCUUUUUCAAUUGAGAACUUUGUAAUACAUAACUUCUAUUUCAUUAUCUAAUUACUUAUUUCUUUAAUAAAUUAAAUUUAUAUAACA